AUGGCGGAGGUGGUGAGUCCGGUGCCCGGGGCGGGGCGGAGGGAGCCAGGGGAGGUGGGUAGAACCCGAGGCCCCCCAGUAGCCGACCCUGGCGCCGCGCUGUCUCCCCAGGGGGAGAUAAUCGAGGGCUGCCGCCUGCCCGUGCUUCGGCGGAACCAGGACAACGAAGAUGAGUGGCCCCUGGCCGAGAUCCUGAGCGUGAAGGACAUCAGUGGCCGCAAGCUUUUCUACGUCCAUUACAUUGACUUCAACAAACGCCUGGAUGAAUGGGUGACCCACGAGCGGCUGGACCUAAAGAAGAUUCAGUUCCCCAAGAAAGAGGCCAAGACCCCCACCAAGAACGGACUUCCUGGGUCUCGCCCCGGCUCUCCAGAGAGAGAGGUGCCGGCCUCCGCCCAGGCCAGCGGGAAGACCUUGCCAAUCCCGGUCCAGAUCACACUCCGCUUCAACCUGCCCAAGGAGCGGGAGGCCAUUCCCGGUGGCGAGCCUGACCAGCCGCUCUCCUCCAGCUCCUGCCUGCAGCCCAACCACCGCUCAACGAAACGGAAGGUGGAGGUGGUUUCACCAGCAACUCCAGUGCCCAGCGAGACAGCCCCAGCCUCAGUUUUUCCCCAGAAUGGAUCAGCCCGUAGGGCAGUGGCAGCUCAGCCAGGACGGAAGCGAAAAUCAAAUUGCUUGGGCACUGACGAGGACUCCCAGGACAGUUCAGAUGGAAUACCGUCAGCGCCACGCAUGACUGGCAGCUUGGUGUCUGACCGGAGCCACGACGACAUUGUCACCCGGAUGAAGAACAUUGAGUGCAUUGAGCUGGGCCGGCACCGCCUGAAGCCGUGGUACUUCUCUCCGUACCCACAGGAGCUCACCACAUUGCCCGUCCUCUACCUCUGUGAGUUCUGCCUCAAAUACGGCCGGAGCCUCAAGUGUCUGCAGCGUCACUUGACCAAGUGUGACCUGCGACAUCCUCCGGGCAACGAGAUUUACCGCAAGGGCACCAUCUCUUUCUUUGAGAUUGACGGCCGUAAGAACAAGAGUUAUUCCCAGAACCUGUGUCUCUUGGCCAAGUGCUUCCUCGACCACAAGACGUUGUACUAUGAUACAGACCCCUUCCUCUUCUAUGUCAUGACAGAGUAUGACUGCAAGGGCUUCCACAUCGUGGGCUACUUCUCCAAGGAAAAGGAAUCCACAGAAGACUACAACGUGGCCUGCAUCCUGACUCUGCCUCCCUACCAGCGCCGGGGCUACGGCAAGCUGCUGAUCGAGUUCAGCUAUGAACUCUCCAAAGUGGAAGGGAAAACGGGGACCCCUGAGAAGCCCCUCUCAGACCUUGGCCUCCUGUCCUACCGGAGCUACUGGUCCCAGACCAUCCUGGAGAUCCUGAUGGGGCUGAAGUCAGAGAGCGGGGAGAGGCCACAGAUCACCAUCAACGAGAUCAGUGAAAUCACCAGCAUCAAGAAGGAGGAUGUCAUUUCCACUCUACAGUACCUCAACCUCAUCAACUACUACAAGGGCCAGUAUAUCCUCACACUGUCAGAGGACAUCGUGGAUGGACAUGAAAGAGCUAUGCUCAAGCGGCUCCUUCGGAUCGACUCCAAGUGUCUGCACUUCACUCCCAAGGAUUGGAGCAAGAGGGGGAAGUGGUGACCAGACACUGUCCAUGGCAGUGGCAACAAAGCAGAACUGGGGCUGACAGCACAUCCCAGCCCUACCGGGGCCCCCAAGAGGCACACCAAGGGAGGUGGGGCUGAGGACAGCUCUAUAAGGAGAGGACAGGUCUGGUAGGGCCUGGCUGGUGCCUAGCACCGAGGUGAGCUCAGGGCUCAGGUCAGCUCCAAGGUCAGCUGGCUGCAGGUCUGGCCCUGCUAUGAACCAGGGACUCUACGGAGCCAGGCAGCUGUGUACAGUGCGAGGGAGGCGAGGGUGGGGGGGUGCGCUCUGGACAGAGGGCCAGUGGCUGUAAAAAUUUCUUUUGUAAAAUAGGAGUUGGGGGGCGGGGUGGGUACUGGCUGCAAAGUUCUGGCCUCUCUUGCCCUCACUGCCCCUUGGCAAUAAAUUGUUUCUAUAGGCCAGAGCCAUGGAAGUUCUUGUGGGAGAAGGGGCAGUGCCAACUUAGGGACUCCCAAGGUGUCCACAAACUCACAGGUGCUGUGAAGAGCUUGUUUAUUGGGGGGUGAUGGAAUCCGUCAGUGGUUCCAAAAUGAAGAGUUGGUUUACUGGGGUGGAGGGAGUGGUGGCUUUCAAUGUCAAGUUCCAGUUCUCAGUCCUCAGGCACCUGUGCGUGAAUCUGCAACAGGAGUCACUACUGGAUUUUUGACAUAUAGUGACUCGGUGGCCCACAUUCUCUCGGAGAGACCAAGCUACUCAGAAUGUUAGCCCCUUCCAGACAGGUCAGAGGUGGGGAAGCCACACUGCUCCUGACCAGUCUAAUCCUCCAUUCAGACCCAAGCUCCAUCUGCCCCAUUGUACUCCCCAGCCCCGAAGCCCUGAAGCCCCGAAUCCACUCGGGCAAGAUUUUGGACAACCCAGGGAAUAACCGUGAAGUCACAGGGUAAUGGAUGGGGCCUGGAAAGGUGAGGCCCAUCCACCUACUCACCGCUGCAGCCAGACUGGGCCAGGUGAGCGCCCCGCGCACUUUGGCAUCUGGACCGGGGAUGGUCUCCAGGCCCCACAGCGUGAAGCGGCUGAAACUGGCGGUGGCUCUGAUAAAUUGGUCCUGAGGAAGGGGCCCGGCUCAACACUGGGACACCGCGGCCGCCCGCACCCCCCUCCAGCCCUGACCCCCUGUGCUCACGAAGUCCCGCUCCAGCGCCUCUGGGGGUACCGCCAGCUCCUGCUGCUCUCGCAGUUUCGACGAACCCUCCGAGAAGUCCUUCCCCAGCAACACCUCUCCCUUCUCUUCCAUCACCAUCACGUAUCCUUCGAGGCCGGGCGGCAGCACCACCUCCUCGCCCCGUAGUCUGCGGCCCCGAAACGACACUUCGAGUCCUGUAGGAGGCGGCGCAGUGUCUCGGUGGAGGGCCUGAUUCCGGCCUUGCGGGGCAAGCCCCUUGGAGCCCUCCCCCCACCUCCGGUGGACCACC